AGUGACAAAAGUGAACAAAUGCUAAACAUGGAUAUAAGAACCGAAGCAAACACAUCUGAAGACGAGACCCUGAACUCCUUAAUUCAGUCCACAAACUGUUGUACACCAGCCACUAUCCAAGUUGAGGGUGUCUUAGAUGGUCUGGAAGACAGUACAAAACUGGUGGGUGUUCAAGUGAUCUUGAUUUUGGCUUACAGCACCAUCAUCGUCUUUGGCGUGACCGGGAACUCUUUGGUCAUAUAUGUCGUGUACAAGUUUAGAAAUUUACACACGGUUACUAACUAUUUCAUUGUCAACUUGGCUGUAGCAGACUUGUUGGUCAACACAUUGUGUCUCCCUUUUACUUUGAUGUACACUCUCUAUGGAGAGUGGAAAUUCGGGCAGGUGAUGUGCUACUUGCUGCCAUACUCACAAGGCUUAGCGGUCCACGUUUCAACCAUCACGCUCAACGUUAUAGCGCUGGACAGGUACCGCAGCAUUGUCUACCACAUGGAAACCAAGAUGUCCAAAGACAUGUGCAUAGUGGUGAUUGCGAUCACAUGGGUGGCAAGCGCGAUCCUUGCCAGCCCUCUAGCUAUCUUCCGUGAAUAUGUGACCUUCGACCUAACUCCUGAGCAGACAAUUCAGGGUUGUGCAGAGAAGUGGCCUGGAAGUAGCGCGGAUGGGACAAUCUACAGCAUCGCCAUGUUUUUCCUGCAGUACGGGCUGCCACUGUCUAUCAUUUCUUUUGCGUACACUCGAAUCUGGAACAAGCUAAGAAAUCACGUCAGCCCCGGCGGUGGUCGUAGCGACCGCCAUCAACGGCGACAGAAGACGACGAAAAUGCUGGUGGCUGUAGUGGUGGUCUUUACCAUUAGCUGGCUGCCCUUUCACGGUUUCCAGCUGGCUGUGGAUAUUGAUAGCAGUGUAUUGGAAAUGAAAGACUUUAAAUUGCUCUAUACAGCUUUUCAUAUUGUGGCCAUGUGCUCCACCUUUGCCAAUCCCAUCCUCUAUGGCUGGAUGAACAGAAACUAUAGAAGAUCUUUUGUGGUUGUUUUCAAGUGUGGAAGGUUAAACAACGGAAUGAGAAGAGUUUGUAGCAGUGAUGCAGUAAGUGAGAAAAGUACACGCAAUAAGCAAAACGCAAUCAGUGUAGCCUUUAAACAAGAAAACACUCUGCUGUGAUGGCCAUUUGCUUUUUGAGAUUUCAAAACAAAAUGUAAACAUAAGGAGAAAUAUUCAAAAAGU